AUGUCUCGUGCCCAGGCAGAAAGCGUGAUAAAGAAUAUAAUACGUGAAAUCGCUCAGGAAUGUUCCAGCAAAGGAGAAAAGAUAUCUGAGACAGUUGUGGCGUUUAUGGUAAAAGCUGUGGUUUUGGACCCAAAAAAUCAUUUUAACGUCGACCGGACUUUGACUAAGCAAGAUGUCCAAAAACUUAUUGAGCUGUGUGUCAACAGGUUACUGGAUCAUCGGAGUCCUGCUCUUGAUACGAUCAAGAUGCAGGUUGACUUUGACAUGCAGUACAUGUCUCGGCGUGAGUUUCUCGAUGAACUCUGCAAGGUGCUGCAGUCCAGGGUGGCUCAGAUCAGCCGUGAGAUCACGGACAGCCGGGCCAGGGCUCGAGAUGAAUUAGAGGGUCUUUAUCAUAAGAUAGUCAGUUAUGUUGUCCAGCACUCUGGCCUUGGAUCACUCACAGAUAUCAACAUAGUACGAGAGGUCACAGCUGGUGUCCAAAGUGUCUUUCCCCAGUCAGAACUGGGCACAUUCAUGUCCCUCACAAAAAAGGACAAAGAACGGCAGCUGAGUGAGCUCUCUAUGAUCGUCACAGGCAUUUGUCUUUUUAAUAAGGAUUGUGGGAAAGGAGGGGAGAGCAUCCAGAACCUGCCAGGCUAUCUGAAUGAAGUUAUUCCUGAUGCUACCAGAGAUCUAGAGUUGGAGCUGGAAGCUUGCCAGGCCAAGGCGUGGAAGUACACGGCUCUGGUGGAGCGGCUGACGGAAACAGGAUUCUCGAGCUGCAAAGUGCCUCCAGACCUUCUCAGACAAGCUCUCUAUAAUCUGAGACAGCACGAGGCUUUCCUCAAAAUCACUCUGGCUGAUGUUAUCCUGUGUGCAAAACAAGUGGAGACUUUGCAGACUGAGUUUAUCGAACAGCUGAAGUUGCUGAAAGACAAGGUUCACGGGAAGAAAGCAGUGCCCACGGCUCAAGUCUUUCCCCUUUUCAUAGACCUGGCCAAGCAGUGGUCAGGCAUGCGGGACGAGUCUGCGCUGCUGAGUUUCCUCAGUGAUGUUGUAGUGCGUUUGAGACUCCAUCUGUCUGCCCAAUCACAGCUUCUGUCUGAAACCCAGCUGAACACACUGCUGGAGGGUGUUCACGUCAAGACUGAUAUGGAAAGAGUGAGCGAGUCUUCGGGUAAGUUGCUGUAUGAAGACAAAAUUGACCCCUCAGAGAUGAUGUCCUGUGAAUGGUUUUUACCUGAGACUACAGCCAACUUUGACACGCUGCCACUGCAGUACAGAGGUGUGUGUGGCUACACUCUGGUAGAGAAGGAUGGACUUUUGUUGCCAGCUAAUACAGCUAUCGGCAUCCUGAAACACAGGGAGAGGUACUACGGUUUCGUGUCCAAGGAGGCCGCGUAUAAGUUUGCUUCCAAGCCAGAUGAGUACAUUUCUCUCAUCGCUGACAGAGCUAAAAGCUGCCCAGAACUCAUCCAGCUUCUCGAACUAUAUCAGCAGUUUGCACGUGUCACGCCAUACUCUGAGAUGCAAUCUGGAGAGAAACUACUGGUCAAACCUCUGACCAAGAGUGACAGCAGCACGCAGACGGACACACAUCCAGUGGACAUGAACAUCGUUAAAUCUUAUGAGUGGAAUGAAUGGGAGCUCCGCAGGAAAGCACUCAAACUGGUCAGCCUGCGCACUAAGGUGACUCACUCAGUCCAGACUGAUUUGAGUCAUUUUAGGAGACAUAACUGCACUCAGACAUACCUGCCCAAAGAUGCUGUCUGUCAGACAAAGAGAGAUGGCACAAGCAGUGUCCCCAAGCCACAGAUCUACCUGGCUGGUCUUCGAGGAGAGAAAACAAUGGCCACAAACAUGAUUAAAGUUAAUUUGACAAGAUCUGUGGACGAAUAG